AUGAACACCCUGCUCGCCUUGUUCUCCCUCCUCGCUGUCGCUUCUGCCCAAUACUUGUAUUAUCCAACAAGUUAUUACACUCCAUAUUAUUACUACUAUCCAACUGCUGCUGUCGUCGGAACCGCUGGAGUUACUCAACAAACCCAAAACGACGGAUCUUCCCAACAAGCAACAUACGGUCAACAACAACCACAACAACAACAACAACAAUAUGCCCAACAAGGAACUCAACAACAACAAUACUAUCCACAACAGCAGACUCAACAAGGACAACAACAACAAACUCUUCAAUACCAACAAGGAGUUCAACAGCAGCCAGUGCAAUACGAUCAAUCUGGAAAUGCUCAACAAGUACAUUAUGAUCAACCAGCCAACAAUCAACAACAACAGCAACAAUACACUGUUCAACGUGAUCAAUCUGGAAAUGCUCAACAACAACAAGGAGGUCAGACAACUGGAACAGUGGCUGCUCAACCAAUGUAUUACUACUACACUUCUCCAUAUUAUUACUAUUAUGGAAGAAAGUAG